GCGCCAUUGUAAAUUGUUAGUUCUUACUGUACGUCACAUUUACUGAAAUACAUAUGAAAGCUCGGAUCAAUUUGAGUGUUUAAUUGAUAAAAAUUGAAAUAUAUGAAAUAAAUAAAUAUUUCUGACUGAAACUUUACAGAUUUUUAUAUACGUUAAUAAUUGAUUGCAUAAUUUCUAAAAGAAAUGCUUUUCGUUUGAAUGAAGUGAGAGAUGAAUAUAACCUUCAUAAAAAUGAAGUGUAUUAAUACAAAUUUGAUCUAACUUAAAAUGAUAUUAUGAAAACAACGAACACGAGUUCUUACCGCUGAGUUAAUAGCACAUGUUCAUCUGUUUAAAGAAUUUGUAUUUUAUUUAAAAAAUUACAUAUAAUGGAACUUUCAGAUCAGCAGGCUGAUUCUUCCUUAUUAUUAGAUACAAACUGUUUACAAAUUUCGUGUAACUGGAAAAUUAGCAAUAACAAACAGUUUUGCGAUGCUUUCACAUUGGGAGUUUCGUCCUUAGAAUUUAAGAAAACUAAUUUUGAAGAUAUAGUUUCUUUGAAUACAUGUAUAUCUUUACAAUCAACUGAAUCCAACAAUGAACCAUGUAUGUUAGAUAUAAGAUUAAACAAUGGUCAAAAAAUUUCUCAAAUAGCUGUAGUUUCCGAGGCUUAUGUAUUAGAAUUUUUCAAACAAUUUGGAGAGUAUGAGACAACAAAGUUUGCAGAAUUUGUAGAUGAAUUUGAAGACAAUUCAGUCUACUUUGCAGAGACAGCAAUUUUUCCACAUGCUACAGAAGCUAGUAUUAAGUUUACAAAAACAAAAAGUAAAAAUUCAAUUAUGUGGAUAUAUGGUAUAAAACUCUACCUAACAGAAUUAAUUAAUGAACCUAAGACUCUUUCCACAGAAAUCUUUAAUCCUGAAAUAAUAAGAAAUUUCCUAACUAAAUUUAGUUUUAAUAACGAAGGGAACAAUACCACGAAUGAUGUUCAAUCAUGUUACAUGAAUAUUUUGAAUACGUCAAAAAACAAAAGUGUUCAGAAAAGCAAUGGGGAAGAAGUGGCACAAUCUACAAUUGAAAAUACUGUAUUAAAUAAUGUAGAUAUCAUGACAUAUAUUGAUAAGAAAUUCGAAGAUAUGGAAGGAAGAUUAAUGAAAAAGAUUAAUGAAAUGGAACAAAGAACAAAUGAAAAACUUGAUAUUAUUUUAAGGCAAUUAGAAAAUCAAUGUAAUGUCAAGUGACCUUCAAUUUAAACAAUUUAAGAAUAUAUUUGUAAAUAACGACAAUAUGUAUUUAAUUCUGUAUGCAAUUCUAUGUAUGUAAAAAAUUUUGAAAAUAA